AUGGCUUCUUUCGGCAAGAUUGGCGAAGAGGAGGGCAAGUGCUUCAAGGGCCGGAUCAAAUCAUACCAGCCGGGCAACGGCUAUGGCUUCAUCGAGUGCCCAGAGACAUACCAGGACUUUGGCCGUGAUGUGUACUUGAGCCGACAGCAGCUGGAGCAAUUGCGCAUUACCACAAUUCCAUCCAGCACGGAUGUCACAUUCAAGGUUUACGUCCGUGAUGGCAAGCCACAGGCAUACGAUUUGGAAGUGCUAAGCCAUCCAAGGGAUGGGAGAGGUUGCGGCUACAGCGCCCCUUCCGUGGGAGGCUCCAACACUCUCGGUCCCGAGGCAGGGUUCGAGCUCCGGGCCAAGCAAUGCGAGCACGCGCUGAAUCGCUUUGCAGACUGCUUGCGGACUUUGUCUGAGAGCCUGGAUUUGCACGGCCUAGACCAGCAAUCUCGCCGGGCACUGCAGGAAGCGGAUGCAGUGCUACGUUGCGAGGAGUGCCGUCGGGAUGAGCAGACGCAAGGCUCGAAGAUCCUGCUUCUCUUAGAGCAGGCACGACACAAAUGGGACGACAGGAACAACCUGUGUCACCGAGCCCUCAGAAACGCGCUGAAGCAACGACUUGAGGCGCCAGCGGAGCCUGUCGAGAUGAUGAUAUCAAGGCUGCGGUUCACACAAGCCAGCCACAGCAAGAGGUUUCUGCACGGCCCCCAUGCUGGACAGCGCAUUGAGUCUCUGACAAGGCAGCUGCUUCACGGAGAGACUGCUUUGGACGAUCCUUCCAUGCUGUUGAAUGUCGUGUACUUCCACGGCUCGUACCGUUCCCUCAACAACCGGCACUUGACAGCCAUCGUGAAGUACGCCGAGGAAAUGGAGACACAGAAUCGAUUGCCCAAGAAGUGCCGUGUCCGCGUUUGGCCGUUGGUUCGUGGCUUGCGCAUGAUUUUUGAGGAUGGCUCGGAACAGGAAGUUAUCCGCAAGUUUCUCCGCUCCAACGACAGUGUAAGUGACGGCCGCAGUAUCACAUGCAAGCGGCGAGCAGGACAGCAGACGGCCGUAAACCAAGAAGUGUGCGUCCACCUUUCCAACUUGGAUGCGAAAGUGGAAGAGCCUGAACUCUACUGGCACCUUAGAGAAGGCUUGCAGGACUUUAACAACUACAAGGUGACGAUCGCGCGGCGUCCGGAUGGACGCUCCAACUGCCACGGAUGGGUGAUGCUGGAGAACCUAGAGGAGGCAGAGAGGCUGCUCAAGGCGGAUGUGCCGCCACUGAGAGGUCGGUGCCUGAAGCUGCGAUUGGACAAUGUCUCCGCCUCAAAGCUGCGAGGCUCUGCAGGCGGCGGGUGGGUGCGCUGCAGGAACUGCCAAGAAGCGUGUGCUCCUCUUCUCGAUGUGCUGUUGGUGGAAGAUGUACGGCUUCGGCGAGAUGCGGUCUCUGCCAGGCACUUCGAUGAGGCACCCACAUUCUUUUGUAUCGGGAAGGAAGACUCCUUGCAAAACUGCGACGUGAUUUCCCCGCACCCCGACUCAGCCGAGAUGUCAUUCAAGCUUUCCCUCAUUAGAUGCAAGUGUCAGAUGGAUCUCGGCAACAUACAGAAGGCUUCCCGCAUGCAGGGGAAUGUGGGGGAGCUCUUAGGCGAGCGGGUCGUCCACUUCAAGUGUGCAUCCCUUCUCCUAGAGCUCUCCGACCGCCAAGAUCUUCUCUUGGAGGUGCGAAAGUGGCAGUACUUGGCGCAAGCGACGGGUCGGGAGUCUCCGUACCGCCUGAGUCAGCUGACCGUGUCGGAAGCCAUCGACAGCCUCGGACUGAGUCUAAACUCGAAGGUGCCAGAGACAAACACCCAUCGCCAUGCGCGCGUCGUUCCGAAGAGGUCGGUCAGAGCGUAG